AUGGGAUUAAUAUUGACAGAAUUCAAAGUCAGUUCACAGUCAUAUGUAUCAAAUCUGUGCAAACCUAUAGGCAGCGAUCAGAAAUUGGUAGUGCCAGCCAACGUUGAAAACUGCCCGUUUGAAGUUCAUCUCGUUCCUACGUGCAAACUGCCUCACAUUGCCGUCAUAACCAGUAAAGAUUCAAAACAGUUGAGGCAUGUUAAAAUGACGGCAAGACCUGAAUCUCGCGUCAAUUCCUCACUUGGCAUAUUUGAAACAUUCGGCAAUCCGAAGUUGCAAUUGAAAGAUUGCCUAGACAAUGAAAAAGGCUUGGUAGAGAAUGCGGGCACUGUAGACCUGGCUACCCCGUUUCUCAUGGUUAACUGGCUGGCUAGGAGAAACGAAAUAAGCAAGCACAUUCACAACAUUCAAAUCUGGCUCUACAUAGAAGGUAACGAAAUAAUUAAGAAUGCAGACAGAGAGCAUGCCAUAUGGGAGGUCUUCCGUCUCUCUUCCAUGCUGUGUGACGGUGAAGACUUCGAAGUCAUCCAGCAUAAGGAGCCGAAAUAA